UUUCUAGGAGGAUGCAUAUGAGUUACACGCUCACACUUCUAGUAACCAAUGUUGGAUUAUGUUUUUGAACAAUGCAAUUUGCUAGCGAUGAUAUUAACUGAUACAAACAGUGGAUAGAUGACCCAAAGGUGAUACAGUAAGUAACUAUAGUUACUUUAGGCUUUACUCUCCAAGUAACCAUAGUUUGGUUAGGUGUCUUAUCUAUAUACUAUUAAGCCUUAUGUAAGCGGGAAGAGAUGUUUAUCACGGAAGAGAGAAUGAUGAUGAGAGUUGGGGUGGUAGUAAGAGACAGAGUCUAACUCGAAAUGCUUGCUUACCCAUGGCCAAACGGGUCAACACGUGCAAAUGCGUUGCAACCCCGCAAGAUAAGAUCGAAUAUAAGACAAAUGUGUCUCGGAAUUCAAACAUGUCUAAACUUCAGGCUGGAUACCUCUUCCCGGAGAUUGCAAGAAGAAGGUCUGCACACUUGCUGAAGUACCCAGAUGCGCAAAUCAUAAGUCUUGGAAUAGGUGACACAACUGAGCCCAUUCCAGAAGUGAUCACUUCUGCAAUGGCAAAUAAAGCGCAUGAGUUGUCCACAGUAGAGGGAUAUAGUGGUUAUGGUGCUGAACAAGGUGCAAAGCCACUGAGAGCUGCGCUUGCCAAAACAUACUACAAUGGCCUUGGCAUAGGUGAAGAUGACAUCUUUGUUUCUGAUGGUGCCAAAUGUGAUAUCUCACGUCUCCAGGUUAUGUUUGGUUCCAAUGUCACAGUUGCCGUUCAAGAUCCUUCAUAUCCGGCUUAUGUGGACUCCAGUGUUAUAAUGGGUCAGACAGGACAAUUUAACACAGAUGUACAAAAGUAUGGGAACAUCGAGUACAUGAGAUGCACUCCAGAGAACGGCUUCUUCCCAGACUUAUCCACUGUUGGUAGGACGGACAUAAUCUUCUUCUGUUCCCCAAAUAACCCCACCGGUGCAGCUGCCACGAGGGAGCAACUGACUCAGUUAGUAGAGUUUGCAAAGAAGAACGGAUCAAUCAUAGUGUAUGAUUCCGCAUAUGCAAUGUACAUGUCUGAUGACAACCCACGCUCCAUUUUCGAAAUCCCUGGAGCAGAAGAGGUGGCAAUGGAGACAGCUUCCUUCAGUAAAUACGCUGGUUUCACUGGAGUUAGACUUGGUUGGACCGUCAUACCGAAACAGCUGCUCUAUUCAGACGGCUUCCCUGUAGCAAAAGACUUCAAUAGAAUUGUCUGCACUUGUUUCAACGGCGCCUCUAAUCUCUCCCAAGCUGGUGCUCUUGCUUGCCUUACACCACAAGGACUUGAGGCAAUGCACAAGGUGGUUGGGUUCUACAAAGAGAACACGAACAUAAUCAUAGACACAUUCACUUCUCUUGGGUAUGAUGUGUAUGGAGGAAAGAAUGCGCCUUACGUUUGGGUUCACUUCCCGAACCAAAGCUCGUGGGAUGUGUUUGCUGAGAUUCUGGAGAAGACUCAUGUGGUUACGACUCCAGGGAGCGGGUUUGGACCUGGAGGUGAAGGGUUUGUUCGUGUUAGCGCCUUUGGUCACAGAGAGAACAUCUUGGAGGCAUGUCGGAGAUUCAAGCAGCUUUACAAAUGAUUAAGAUUCUUGUAAUCAUUCAUUCAUCACCGUUAUCCUCUUAAAUGACUUUGACUAUGAUUGAAAUAAUCUAAUCUCCUUUGUUUUCUUGAAUUGCAGACAAUAAAGUUUGUUAGGUAUCAAAAACUAAGCAAUACAUUUUCGAACGGUUUCAUUAUUGUGUAAAUUACAGAACAGUGUGAGAUUAUGUGGAAGAAAUUACAUAUGUUCAUUUACAACAGAUGAAGGAGAACUCAAGAAGAAUCUCUCCAUCAGGAGCAAUUAAGUUCAAUGGCUCGUUGGAACCUCUUGUCAUACGUAGCAGGAUCACCAAACAGCCAAAGCAUAAACUUGGAACGAGAACUUUCAGAACUUUCUGAUGAGCUUCUUGCCGGAAGAUGACAUCUAACCACCGGCAGAGAAGGUUCCGGCUGUGGCUGCAGAUUAUUGUUUGUUGUUGUUGUUGGUAACUGCUGAAUCAGAGGAGGGGAGAGCAUGAACAUCGCAGCUAAUGGUGCCAUUUGGCGAGUCUAAAGUUAUAGAAAAUAGGAGGUUUUGAGUGCAGGAGAUUGGUUGCAUGUUUCAUGCGUUAAUAUAGAGAAGAGAGGAUAAAGAAUGAAGGGAGUAGGUGUGCCGUGCGUUACAUGGCACCCUAGUUGUUUCUUAAGAAAACUAUAUCCAAAUAUAACCAUUCAUUUCAUGACACGUAGCACAACAUAGUCAACUUGCGCCAAAGCCGUGAGUGCCAAUGCUACAAUAAGAAAGAAGAACUUGUGCGCCACUCUAUGGUGGUGGACUUGGGACCAUAAAAUAAAGCUAAAAGAUAACCCACUAAAAUAAGAUAAAACAAACUUCCAUCGAUGUCCAAACCAUAUAAAAAUAAUUGUGUAAGCAGAUUACAAAAUGACUAGUUUUUGUUCCUCUUUUUUAUUAAAUGAAGAUCGAGUUAGACUUUUACUUUGUUUCAUGAGUUUUCUUUUCAAACUGUAUGGUCUGAAAAGAAAAUAAAAUGCCUAAAGAAAACUGAUUUGUGAACAAUUUUUUUGAGAAUUGUGAACGAAUGAAAACUUUGCAAAAAAAAAAAGCAAGCACGUUACUUAACCUUUUUUGCUUGCAUCACACACUAGAAUGUUCCACACCAAAGCAUUGAUUCCUAUACUUUGACAGUGGUGGUGGUGUACUUUCAAGAUUAUUCUCAAAGGCUCCAAUAUUAAAGUCUUCUUACCCAAAGUAUACAUUAUUGUUUUAUUAGUACUCUACUGUGAGACUUAUCUUUCAGGCUGUAUUCGUUGGCAAAUAUAAAUACACGUCGACAUAGCCCCACAUUUGCGCUCCAAAGAUCGCAAUCCGUGCUCUCUCUCUCCCUAGUUUUGUCUCUAUUAUUAUUUUCCUCUGUUUCCAUUUUUUGAUAAGGUUCAUCAGUUCCUCUAGAGUGAUUUUGAUCAUUUAGCAAAAAUAUGAGCGAACCAAAGUAUGCUUAUCCUUACCCUGCACCGGGAAGUUACCCGCAAGGCCCGCCUCCUCCUGUGGGAGCACCGCCGCAGUAUUAUCCUCCACCACCACCACCUCCACCGCCAAGAAAGAAAGCUGGUUUUCUUGAAGGAUUUCUUGCGGCCAUGUGUUGUUGCUGCUUUGUGGAUGAAUGCUGCUGCGACCCGACCAUUAUAUGCUUUGAUUAAACUUUUUAAAAAUAUAUUAAAUCUCUCUCUCUAUGUAUUUUUUUUUUUUUUUUAUGAUGGAGUUUAUGUAAUAAGUGUUGUAUGAGUAGUAUGAUUACUUAUCCCCUACUAUACAAGCUGUGUGUUCUUUGGCAAAAUAUAAAUAAACGACCAUAAAAGCCCA